CGUUACGUUCGGUACGCGUCAACAUCAGCUGUUGUUUCGCUCUCGUGUGAAAUGACAGUUUCGCGGAGGUUCAUGAUGUGGAAAUCGUUUUCGUGAGGGUGCUUCGUGUACCGCGGAGGCGAGUCGAAUCCGAUCAUUUUUCCGAGAAAGAUGAACGGGAGCCUGGGAAUAAUGCGUGGACCAGAGCAACAUCCACAGAGGUUCGCGGAUUAUUUUGUCAUAUGCGGACUGGAUAAAGAUUCGGGCUUGGAGCCCGACAAGUAUUUCGGCGACUCUUUGCAAUGUACACCACUGGACCGAGCAUACAAAAGUAAAGUACUGGGACACUAUCCAGAUUCUGUACCAUGGAAUCCUUUCGACGAACACGCUGUCUGCAUGCUCUGCCUGCCGAGCGGCCUGAGAUUCCGAACUCAGAAACACUCGGUGGAACCGACGUUCCACUCUUUCGUGCUCACCAAGGAGGACGGGCACAGAACCUACGGGUUCAGUCUUGUUUUCUACGAGGAGUGCCGGAAUCGCAAGAUAUGUGCGGCUAUGCAAACCCUGCAGGCGAUGCAUAUCACGGAACUGAGCAGCGGCCAAAACGGUACACCACCAACGGCAAGAAAAGGCCAGGAUGGACAUAACACACGGUCGUUACCACGGCAUUUCAAGCUAUCAGCACAUUCACCAGGUGCUGCGUUAGGCUACUACGACUCCACCAAAGACAAGUUGCUAGUGACUAAAUCGAUAUCCUUGCUAUGCCAGCAGCCUUACCUUCAUGCCGCGAAAACGUUCCUCACUAAUCUCUACAAAUGUGUUCCUAGACAUCCAGGACCCGGUCUUAGCUUAGAGUCCUAUGUAUACAAUCUCCUGUACAACGUACCGGUACCAUUGCCUGGAAAGUCGCUGAAGUUCUUCAUUCCCAACGAUGAGCCAGCGAAAUCACCGUUGGAGCUGGUUAUCCAUCAGCCAACACCAUCUCAGGAGUUACCGAUGCUAGAUUAUCCUCUGAAAGACAUGUUCACAUGGCUUGGCGCAGACUGCUGUAUUCAGUUGUUCACGUGCGUCCUAUUGGAGAACCAAGUGUUGCUCAGGAGCUCAGAUUUCCACAAGCUGAUGGUGGUAUCCGAGUGUAUAACGGCUCUCCUCUUCCCGUUUUCCUGGCAGCACGUGUACGUGCCGAUAUUACCCGCCAGCCUUCAUCACUUCUUGGACGCGCCGGUGCCGUUUAUAAUGGGUUUACACGCGCAAAGCGAAGGAGGUGUACUGAAAAUUGCUAGCGAAGCAAAUCUUUGUUAUGUAGAUAUAGAUAAGCAAAGUAGCCAAUUUCCGGAAGAACUACCUGUGUUUCCUCAUAAGAUGCAAUUCAUUGCUGAGAUUAGAGCUCUCCUAAAUAAGUACAAAGUACCACACACAGGAAAGACUGAUAACAUGGUCAUAAAUCAUUAUAACGGUGACAUCAUGACUAGUAGUUUGACGCUUCCUGGUUCUGGGUUUCAUCUUCCUCGCAGAAAACACUCGUUACACGAUGUCUUAGAUUGGGAUCGACCUGAACCGACGCCGCAAACAGACACGUUGCAAAGGAUAGUUAAAAGAGCGGGAGUGAAUGUAGACGAUAUUGAUUCUGUAGAGGACAAUGUGAAGGAGCGAAUACUCACGCCUCAAGAGGAGUAUCAGGAGACGCUUAUGUUUAAUAAUGCCAUUAGGGAGAUUUUUUUGAACCGUUUUGUACAGAUAUUUUCUAGUUACGAACACUUUGUUAUUCAACCAAGUCAGGACAAGGAUGAAUGGUUGAAUAAUAGGGACAGUAUGUAUGUUUUUGAUAAGGCUACAUUUUUAUCCGAUCAACCCACACAACAUUUGCCAUUUCUCUCGAGAUUUCUAGAGACACAAAUGUUCGCUUCCCUUGUCGACAGCAAAGUUAUGUCAACGUGGAGCGAGCUUGAUUUUAACAUACGAGUUUUUGAUCAAAGAAUUUCUUUCUUGAGGAAAAAAGUUGGAGAGGGUAUUGUACGAUCGACGCGUUACGAACCUUGUACAAGUAUAGAAGAAUCGCAAAAGGUAUUAGAACAGAGAUUGACGAAUGUGGAUUUUGAAACAAACCCACCCAAUGAAAUUGUUCCUCAUAGAGCAGCGUACUUUCGAAGUUUUCCUUUAUUAGACACUGUUGCUCUAAACAAGGAACCGGCUCAAAGUAUACUGCGUAGUCGAAGGGGUCAGACGCAAUGGAAGUACAAAAUGAAAUCCAUGGAAUCAAAUGGGAAAGCGCCGGCACCUCAAGAAACUCAGUCGCCUCGACCACAAACUAAACUCUCUGCAGACAUGAGUCCAGCAUUAAUAGCUCAAGCAAAUUGGACGUUCGUUGAAAAAUUACUCAAGGACUGUAAGUCAAAAACAAAAAGGAUGUUGGUCGAAAAAAUGGGCUCUGAAGCAGUUGCACUAGGUCAUGGAGGUGAAUCCUUGUCUGAUGUCGAAGAAAAUACACUAGUUGCCAGUCUUUGCGAUCUAUUGGAACGAGUUUGGAGUCACGGAUUACAAAAUAAGCAAGGAAAAAGCGCUCUUUGGUCACAUCUCACCAUGUAUCAAGCACUGGAAGAGUGUAACGACCCGAGUAAACCCAUAGAUCCUAACUUUCUUUCUCCUGCGUUAGCGUGGUGCGUGCUACGGAAACGGCUCGAUUUAACCAAGAAAUCAUCAAGUAAGUUUUUCGGAUUGCCGGACCGUUUAAUUUCAACCUUAAAGGGCAGAAAUAUUUUUGAAAUAGCUUCUUAUAUCAAGGAGAAUUUUAAUGAUUUGCCAAACCUGGCGUUGGAGAUCGAUUCACCCACGCGAGGCACGGACAAGCACAAGUCUCCUGGCGACAGAAAAAUUGGUCCUGAACAUCUGAGACCUUUACCUGAUUCUUUGCUCUUCGAUAUCCGAAAUGUACAAGCGAUGACUGAUAUCAAAACGCAUAUUGGAUAUGCUAGAGCUUGGGUUCGAUUGGCACUUGAAAAGAAACUUCUCUCCCGUCAUUUAAAGACUUUAUUAUCGGACACUAGGUUGCUAAGAAGUCAAUAUAAGCGCUCAGCAUUUCUGCGUUGCGAGGAAGAGAAGGAACAAUUCCUGUACCACCUUUUAACGUUAAAUGCCGUUGACUAUUUCUGUUUUACCAACAAUUAUCCAACCACGAAAUUGCCAUAUAGGGUCGUUAUAUUUCCUAGUCGAAAAGCUAGCGCAGCUACCACUUCAGCAAAUAGCUGGACCGCUAUUUCUGGUACGCUGUGUGAAACAAAUCCAGUUCCGAUUCCCAAGGGAGCGUUGGAAUUUGUGUUUCAUCAUAAAAAUUUGGGCGUGCUCUCUACGUUACGCAUAGGUCAUGACAAUACAGGUCUUUCACCGAAAUGGAUGGUAGAACAUGUAGUAGUGAGAAAUGAAGUCACAGGACACACGUUUAAGUUCCCCUGUGGUAGAUGGCUUGGUAGAGGUAUAGAUGAUGGAUCUACCGAAAGAUUGCUAGUAGGCGCUUUGGUACCUCGUAGUAUUGAUAGCGAAGAGUUGGUUGAGACGUGUUCAACGCCACCAAGAUGUAGAUCUCCUAGUAUACCCAGACGUCCGAUAUUAACUCAAAUGGAACUGCAGCAUAUGCUGGGAGAAUCUGUAAAUGCGAUUGUCAAAUUUCACUAUAGAAGAGAAUGUCAAGACGGAUCGUUGACUGCUUUACUUUGUGGAGAAGGUGGUCUCGUUCCAUCGUUAGAGCAAAUAUUUUUAUUCGGGUUUAAAAACCAGAGGAUAUUUGGAAGGAAUUUCUACGUUUGGGAUUACUUCUUGCGCGUAAAAGAAAACUUCGAAAUUUCUUUAUUAGAGCAAAUGGACGAAUAUUCACAGAGGUUGAAUAGAGAUAGACGAGCUCAUAGAGAGAACAAUCAAAGGUUUACAACUUUGAGAUGUUAUUCCCAUCUCAUUGAUCAAAUUAAUAUAUUCAGUCAAACUCUUGGUAAAGAUGGGAAAUUUCAGUUAUUCAUUUGCUUAGCAGUGAGAGAACAACUUCUUCAUUCGAUGCUCCGGCCAAUGAGCGAAGCGCGGUCCACUGCGGAUAUGUAUGAAGAAAAUUCCUUCUUGAGGAAUUCCGCAUUAUUAAAUUUCCUCAUUCACAUUCUUGAACCAUUGAGCGAAUUUCAUAUUGUCCUUGAGAAGAGUUUGACUCAUGGAAUUUCUAGUAUAUGUUAAUUCAUCACGAGCAUUCCACGCAAUUAGGAUACGUUUCUUUGAAGCGGCACAAUUUACCAAAUUCAAAAUAAUACGAGGCG